GUAUUCGUUCAUUGUUGACAAACGACCACGCACAACUGAUAACGCGAUCAAUAACUCUACAACCGUGUAUAUUCCUCUUCACGACAAGUUUCGAUCUGUGACGUCAUGGAUGCUGGAUGAAUAUUCAAUAACGAGUCUGCCAUUUUGGAUCCAUAAAAGGAAAAACAAUUCUGACCAUAUUGUAAAAUUCUUUUCUUUUAUUACGGACUUUUCGGGUUCUUGGACCGACCCCUAACGAUGAGGGAGUGAUGAAGACCACAUUGUGCGGAGUGGUAGGGAUAGUCUUGGGCCUAAUUUUGCCCGGGACUAGUUUUAGUUACAGUAAUCUUCAAGACUCUGCGUUUCCAUUGGGGACAGUGGGCUGCUUGUUUACCAAUCAACUAUGUGGAAUAGAAGAAGUUUGCAUAGAUGAUCUCUUGUUUGGUAACUGUCAGCGGUUAGAUAAAAACCAAGACCUACAUCAGUACCGUCUAAGUGAAGAUGCUUUGUCUGCCCUCGAGGAACAUAUCCUUCACCUCAUUACAUCAGGCUACACAUGGCGGGACCCCUAUACCCAGUGUGUCCUGCAAAACGCUUUAUUGGCCAGCAGGAGACAAGUUCCCUUCCAUCGCUACAUGUGCAGACUGGCUUCAAAUGAGGACAAAGUUGGUGGUGAGAUGGGGAGGUAUUUAGAGCAGAUGUUUCAGGACUACUAUGACUCCUACAAGCCCAUCCCACCAUCCACCGCUGAGGAAAAGCGAGGGGAUAGUGUCAUUUAUCUCAAUAAAUAUUUCAAGGAGCCAGAAAAUCAGAGAGGCUUCUCAGGUGAAUAUACUGAUGAGAAUGGAGUGGACCUACUUGAAGACCUCAAAUCCCUUGGUGCUGACAAUAUUAGCUUAAAAGAUAUCCAAGCCCUGCAGUAUUAUCUAGAAUCUAUUCGGAAUGAUGAAGAUGGACAGAGAGAUGUGCAUGGGGAUGAUGUUGGCCUUGACCGUGGAGACUGGACAAAUAAUGAUGACCUUUCACAAGGAUCGGCCUCAUCCCAAGAGUUUGAUGAAAUGCUUCCUUAUGAUGCAGGGACAGAGAGAAUACUGAGUAAAUUAAAAUUAGGUGAAAUGUCAACAGAUUCCCUAUCAGAUGAACAAAUUGAAAAACUGAUAAAGUACAUCAACCAAAGACUAACUCCAGAAAGCAGAAGUCAGGAAAGAGCUGAUUGGUCAACUGAGCUAAAUUCAGACAGUAAAAGUGUUGAUGAUUGGUCAGAUAGCCAACCAAUGGAAAAGAAUCUCAUUGAUACAGAAGACAAGAUGGGAAAUUGGGCAGAGGACAGAGAGCUUGCUGUAGCAGAGCCUGAUAGUGACGAAAGGAUUGGAGAUGUACUGGAGAAAACAAAACAGGAAAACAGAGGCACAGAAUUAGUUCCAACAAGAGAGGAUAGCAUGAAAGAGAAGAAGAAUGUGGAGACAAUGAAGGGGCUGGCGACCAGAAAGAUUCCAACUGUCUCCACAACUGACAUGGAAGCCACCUCAAACACUAAUAAACCUGUACAGACAGAUGUGUACUGGAUACAGACAGGAGGAAGGUUAAAUGGGGAUCAAGCAGAGAAAAUUCUGAAACUGAUUGACCAAGCCCUAGAAGCAGAGAAUGCCAACAUCAGAAUUGUUCAGGCUGAACGAGAUGAAGAGAAUGGCCGACUGACAGUCAGAAUCAACAGCACUGACCCAAAUGUGCCCUUUAAAAGCACCUUAGAGUCUGUAAAGGAUGAGGUGAAACAGGAAAUGGGUAUACAGAUUGAAGAUGUUGGAAUGGGCGAUCAUGAUAACCCUGUCAGCCUGAGAGUAUCAAAAGACAGGUACAUUGUGCUGAGCUUUGUGCUCUGUGGAUGUAUUGCGGGAAUUCUCCUGGCAUCUGUCAUAAUAUUUCUGAUCCGGAGGAACUCCAGAUCCAAACAGAAGCUAGCACAACUGUCUGGAUCAACAGGAGAAGGAAAUGAGGCCUCCCAAGACUAUCAGGAUCUUUGUCGUCAACGGAUGCAGGGCAAGUCCUCUGAGAAGCCUGAACCCCUUCAUGCUGCGUCACGGAUUGGAAGUAUGUCCGAGCAAGUCCGAAGUCCAUCCAGCAGAAGCAGCACAUCAUCUUGGAGCGAGGAACCAGUGACCUCCAACAUGGACAUCUCCACGGGGCACAUUGUUCUGUCGUAUAUGGAGGACCACCUGAAGAAUAAGGACCGUUUGGACAGAGAGUGGGAGGGGCUGUGUAGUUACGAGGCUGAUCCUUCUGCUACAGACAUAGCCAAUGACACCGCCAACGUACGCAAGAACCGUUACAGUGACACCGUGCCGUAUGACCAUUCCCGGGUUGUUCUGUCGACCAAUAGUAAUGCUUCGAGCUCUGAUUACAUCAACGCCAGCACCAUAACGGAUCAUGAUCCAAGAAAUCCAGCCUAUAUUGCGACCCAGGGACCGCUGCCACACACAGUGGCCGACUUCUGGCAGAUGGUGUGGGAACAGGGUAGCGUUGUCAUAGUGAUGUUGACUCGCCUGACAGAAAAUGGUGAGGCCAUGUGUUAUCGGUACUGGCCCGAGGAAGGAAGCGAUCUCUAUCAUAUUUACGAGGUUCACCUCGUGUCUGAACAUAUAUGGUGUGACGACUACCUAGUCAGAAGCUUCUACCUGAAGAACCUGCAGACUAAUGAGACAAGGACUGUCACUCAGUUCCAUUUUUUGACCUGGCCUGACCUUGGAGUGCCCAAGUCAAUCAAGACCCUGCUGGAUUUCAGAAGGAAAGUGAACAAAUCCUACAGGGGGCGGUCUUGUCCGAUUGUUGUUCAUUGCAGUGAUGGUUGUGGAAGAACAGGAACUUACACUCUAAUUGACAUGGUUCUCAAUCGCAUGUCUAAAGGUGCAAAAGAGAUUGACAUUGCAGCGACACUGGAACACAUCAGAGAUCAGAGGAAUAACAUGGUUAAAACUAAGGAGCAGUUUCAGUAUGCGUUGGCAGCAGUUGCCGAGGAAGUUCAUGCUAUUUUGAAGGCUCUCCCACAGUAAUCUCCCCUUAAACUCCUCUGGAUAAAAAAAAAUCUUCUCACCCACUCAUCUCCAUGGAAACGGUCAUCUCAGUGUUCCUGUAUAUGUACAUUGUUAUUGUUAGUUUCUCCUUCAGUAUGUGGAAAUAUUAAUGAUGUCAAAAUUAUUUACAUAUGUAUAGUUGUCUACUUCUUGCUCGGAACAAUCACACUUGUUGAGAAUUUCUUUCAUGGCAUGCAGAGACACAUCCAUUGAAAAACAAACAGACUGAGUUUCUAGAUAUAUCGUAAGCACAGAGAGCAGGGCUACCUUACCUUCACAUUGACUGCAUUCACUUAUACACGUAAGGAAUCCGUUACUUUGGUGAUUAAAAUCUGUUUUUAAAUGUAUUAUCAUAAUUCUUCAGCAUUGCAAGCAAAUGAAACCUAUGAUAUUCAGUAAAAUGUCAGACGAAAUUAUGAGAAAAGUCUAUUGUUUUCGUAAUUAAUUUAAAUCGAUGUCGACAUUCUCUGACUUAGUGACAGUGGAAAGUGCUGGUGAUUGAGGUCCGUGUAACCGUGAAAAGAGAGGUCUCUUCUGAUAAAUGUCAUAUCUUAUAUACAACAUUGUUAUGGAUACUUUUACUUGCUUUUGUAAGUUUUGUUUUCUCUUGUUGACAAUUAUUUCACUUUACCUGUGAUGACGUGCUAAUAUCAAUCAGAUAAAGAAAAGGAAUAUAUUGUUGAGAUCAUGAAGCUAUCUACAGAAUCGUUAAGUUUUGAAGAUUUUAUUUAAAUGGUGAUUUUUCUUGCUGAAUUGUGAAUUGUUUCAUGAGCUCAAUUACGUAUUAAAAAUUCAUUAGUGUGAUGGAAAUAUUUUAUUAACUCCAUGCAGGGAUAAAAAGAAAGACUGGUGUUGUUAAAUUGUGUAGAGAAAUCAUUUCAUUACCAUUAAAAUGCUAAAGUUAAUUAAGUUUCGAAUUUUUUUUUUUGAAUGCUACUCUGUUCUGUUUUCUAAUCAUUUGUUUAAAUGUCCAGUGCAAUAUAUAAAGCAAUCCUUAUGUGUUCAACAGAAAGAGUCAUUUUUUUAGUUGAAUCUUUGAAAGUUUUGCUUAAUUGAAUAUUAUAUAGUGGGGAUUGAAAAGAGGCAAAAUUAUCCUUCUGUAAAAUAAAUCUUUAAUCAAAGUCAAGAUGUGUAGAGGAAGAUUUGAUUUUGACACUUUACUAUGUAAUAGCUUUUACUCUCAAAAAUGUUUAGAAAUUUGAAGAAGAAAAAAAUUACAAAUUCACACUACACAUGCUGUAAAAUGUUGAUAAAAGAUGCUUAAAAUUGUUAAUGAAAAGAAAAGGGAAGGUUUAUUGUUGUGCUAAUAGUUUAAGUGAUAAAGAAAAAUACAGGUGUUCUCACUGGCAAUUCAGGUGUGAGGGACAUCGGCAACAGCUCAUUCCAAAUUCACAAGAACUUACUUUCAUUUGUCUUAUUGCCCCGCCCACCCUUUAUCCCAAAUUUUUGACUUUUUCUUUAUAUGUGAAAUAUUUUGAAGCAUUUAUUUUUAAUAAAACGUUAUAAAAGCAGUGCCACAUAAUGCAACGUAUUUCGUAAAUAAUGUUUUGAAGCGCAUCUAUAUUAAAAAAAAAAAAGAAAAGAAAAAUAUGGGAAAUACAGUUUGUUUGGAUUACAGAACUUUUUCAAGCUAGAGUUCAAAGCCAAAAAUAAAUGUAAAUAGCUUUCAUUACGAUAGUUUUGAAUUAGAAGGAAGAUGAUGCUGUGAAUUGUUUUGAGGGACUGGUUACAGUCGCGUCGACAAAACCUUUGUUAAGAGAACUGUCUUGAGAUUUGUGCAAUGACUUAAUUCAAAUAAAUUUUGUACUUAAGAUAUUUUUUAUUGAUUUAGAUUCUACUAAAGUACCUCGUGAUUUUUGGCUCCAUAUUACAAAAUAAAAUGGCUAUUUUUUACUUUACAUGUUCCUCCAUAUAUUUGUGUUAAUGUAGUGAAAUAAAUGUGAAAUAAAUCGUUGAUGCAAUAUUCAUAA